AUGACAGACAAAGAUCUUACGGAACGAGAUGCAAUAAAAAACAGCUUGCUACCCCUCAAAGUUAAUUUGAUAAUGUGUGCCUAUCAUACAUUGAGAACGUUCAACCGUGAAAUAACCACCGAAAAAAGAAAAAUAACACCAACUGAGAGAGACGAAGCUAAAAAAAUAUUGCAAGAAUUAGUUUAUGCGGAAACAGAAGAAAAUUAUGACAAAUUAUAUGAAAAAUUGAACACGUUACCACAAUCGAUUGUUGAUUAUUUUGACACAAAUUGGCAUGAAAGUCGGAAAGAGUGGUCAUUGUCAUCGGAUUAUACUCAGCACAAUUUUUUGAAUGGCACUAAUAAUCAUUUAGAGUCUUUGAAUGCAAAAAUUAAAAAAGAUUUAGAUCGGUACAUGAGCCUGGAAGAGUUUGUGAAGCAAAUUUUAAUUUUUAUGGAAUGUUCACAUAAGGAACGUGACCAUAAAGCGGCUGUUUCUUAUCAAAAAUCUCGUGUACUGCCAUAUGAUUCAAGUUCAGCUGAAUAUCGGUAUGCUGAAUUAUUGACUGAUAAUGAUAAUGCAUUUAAAUUUAUAAGAAAUGAAUUCGAAGAAAUGCCAAGUAUAGAACUUGAGUUCAAUGAAAAUUUAAAAGUCUAUGAAUAUCAAAAAACACCAUCAAUAAAAAUAUCUUCAAUGAAUUCAUCAUGCGAUUGUACAACCAGAGCUUCAAUGAUUCUACCUUGUCGUGACGAUGAUAAUAGGAAUGAUAUUAGUGAUAAUGAUGAGAAUAAUAUCAGUGAUAAUGAUGAGGAAGAUAUUUUUGAUAACGAUGAAAAUGAUUUCGGUGAUAACGAUGAUAAUAGCAAUGUUUUCGAUGAUGAUAUUGAUGGCAUUAAUGAUCCUGAUGACAAUAGAGAUGAUAAUGAUAAAAGUUCAGAUGAUGAUGAGUUUCUGAAGCCAGCAACUAAAAAGUACAGGACAUCAAACUUCAUAUUAGACGAUUCUAGUGAUGAAGAUAUAAUGUUACCAAGUUGCUCUACAAGUAAUUUGAAACGUAAUAAUAUUGACCAAUAUUCUCUCCGUGAAGAUAUACAAAAAAAUAUUCCGACUGAUCUUGUUGUAACGAAAAAUAAAUCUUUAGAGACUAACUCAUUUCAAACAAUAGAUUCUAUGUCAACCUCAUCUGAAAAAAGAAAUAAAAGUGAUAUUAAUAUUUUAUCAAAUGUUAUUGUAAAACCUGCAUUAAGGCGGCGCGGAAGACCUAGAGGAACAGACAAAAAGUCAACAGAACAAAAAAUAAAAAUAAUGCUAAAAUGGAUAGUGCAAGAUGUAGAUAUUAGUAAAGUCGUUAAAAGUAAAAUAUUGAUAGAAGAAAGUGAUAUAAAAAUGAACAAAGAAAAUACAACUUUUGCCAUAAUUGAUGAUACAAUUAAAAUAGAAUUGAUAAAACCAUAUUUUAAGAAGGAAGCAUGGAAAAAAUUAAAAAAAGUUAUAGAAGAAAAGAAGAUUGAUGAAUGGGAAUGUAGAAAAUGUAAAUUGAAUUUAAAUAAAACAUUAGAAGAAAUACAUAACAAAAAACAAAAUAAAAAAAAAAUUAGCAUAGGAUGUGACUACUGUUUGGAAUGGUUUCAUCUUAAGUGUGCUGGAUUGAUAAAAAUGCCAAAAAGCAAACUAUGGAUGUGCGAUUAUUGUAAAUUAACUAGCGACUAA